AUGGAUAAUGAGGGGCAAGUUUCUGCAGAAGUAUCUGAUACACUGGAGUCGGUUUCUUUUCUGAACACAGCAUUUCAACCUUUGAAAGUCUUUUUGAGAGUGAGGCCCUUUUCUAUAGCAGAGCCGGAAAACCAUGAAUCUCAGGGUUGUGUAACUAUUGAAGAUCCCCAGACAGUUGUUAUUAAUGCACCCAAAGAGUCUUCUGCAACGAAAAACAGUGAAAGAGGGAUUGGUCAUUCUGUGCACAGGUUCACCUUUUCUCAGGUCUUUGGACCAGAAACUACUCAGCAUGAAUUUUUUGAAGGCUCAAUGAAAGAGAUAGUAAGAGCAUAUGUUAAUGGAGUGAAUGGACUGGUGUUUACUUAUGGGGUUACAAAUGCAGGCAAGACAUUCACCAUCCAAGGGACUUCAAAAGAUUUUGGUAUUUUACCUCGCUCACUUGAUGUGGUUUUUAACCACAUAAGGGGAAGACAUUACCUGAAGAUGAACUUCAAACCAUAUUUGAGCAACAAUGUUAAGAAACUGGAAGAUGCACAAGUUAAGCAAGAAGAAGCCAUAAAAACUGCUAUUCUUGCAUCACUGAAAGAGGAGACAGAAAGCAUCUCAAAUACUAUAACACAUAUGUGUGAUGUGGAGUCGGAUUCUUCCAACUGUACUUCAAAAAGUCUUCCUUCUGAUUCACUAGCAGAGAAGAACUUUGUUUCACUUGAUGUAUAUAGAACUAAGAUACACCAAAGAACACAGGCAUCUGUGUGGAUUUCCUUUUGUGAAAUUUAUAAUGAAUAUGUGUAUGACCUAUUAAAUGUAUUAUCUACAUCAAAAACUCAGAAGCGCAGAGUCCUAAGAAUUUGUGAGGAUCAAGGAGGAAAUUCUUAUGUUAAAGAUUUAAAGUGGAUUAACAUUCAGACCACUGAAGAAGCCUGCAAAAUACUAAAAAUAGGAAACAAGAACCGAAGCUUUGCUUGUACUAGAAUGAAUGAGCAAUCAAGUAGGAGUCACAGUAUAUUUUCAAUCAGGCUACUAAAGCUGACUGACGAGCAUCAGCCCCGUGUUCUUGGAGUUUCAGAGUUAUCUUUCUGUGACUUGGCUGGAUCAGAGAGGUGUAAUAAAACACAAGCCUUUGGAGAUAGACUAAAAGAAGCAGGAAAUAUUAAUAAUUCUCUUCAUAUCCUUGGAAAAUGCAUUGCAGCAUUGAAGCAAAAUCAAAAUCCGAAGAUGAAGCCAAGCUAUAUUCCAUUCAGAGAGAGCAAAUUGACUCGUCUGUUUCAGCCGUUCUUUUGUGGAAAAGGCAAAGUUUGUAUGAUUGUAAACAUUAAUCAGCAUGCUUCCACAUAUGAUGAAACACUACAUGUAAUGAAGUUUUCAGCUAUAGCCAAACAGGUAAUCCAGACAAUCCUACCCAAAAGUUUUGGUUAUUUUCCACCCAAGCUAGUUGGAGGCAACGGCAAACCUAUUGUGCACUUUGAUGCUAACACAUCUGUAGAUGACUUUCCUGACAGUACUGAAACCUCUGCAGAAGAGGAAGUGGACAUCACCAUUCUGAGUCAUGAGGAUCUCUUGAAAACUACAGAGAACCUAAAGGAGAAGCUAGUUGCAGAAAAACAAAGUAAACUCCUUCUGGAGGUGAAGAUACGUAGAGAGAUGGCAGAAGCAAUGUUCCGACAGCUGUUGGAAACAGAGGAAGCCUGGAGCAACCGCUUGGAAGAUAUGAAAGACAGUUAUGAAGAAAAACUGGAGAGCAAAUUUGAAAUGUAUAAAGAGGCAAUCAAGAAACAUGCAUAUGUGUGUGCAAUGGAACAAAUUGAAGACCAUUAUGUUCCCAUAGAAGAAUUUCUAGCUGAACAGGAGAAAGUUGAGGAUAGAGAGAGUAAAAUACUGCAAUUGGAAAGGCAACUUGAUGAACAGUCAAGGAGGCUGUUGGCUCUGGGAGGUCCAAAUUCAGAUAUACUGACUACUGAAAAUAACAUGGAACUAGAUCUUAUGAACAAGAUGAUGAAGAGAGCCAAUGAAGGAUUGCAGAAACAAUGCAAAGAGAAAGAAGAGCUUAUAAAAUCUCUGAAGUUUAAAAUACAGAAAUUAAAUGAAACCCUGCUAGAAGCUAAUGAAGGCUACAGAAAAAUGGCAGAAGAGAACAGUCAACUGAAGCAUACAAUCAUGCUCAAGGAUCAAGAAAUGAAUAGUCUUCAGAACUGGGCUAAACGUGUUCUUGAGCUUGAAGAAACAGUGUCUUCCCUGCAGAAAGAACUUGACGAACGGAAAAAGCAUUUCUCUAUAGAGGAGCCAAAACAACAAAAACCCAGGAGAGGUUUGUUGGCUAACCUGAAAUCCACAGUAGCAGCCACUGCUAGUACACCUCUUGGUGAAGGCUGGGGGAACUAUGAAGGUACUUCAUGCUUUUCAAGAAAACAAGUACUGUUUGCUCAUAAAGCAAAAGAAUAAUAUUUGAUUAAUCAAAGUGAGCAAUUACUGGGCUUCUUUAUCAA